GAACACUGCCUUCGCCUCAUUUCCUUACUCCUCAUGACAAGGGCAUUAUCGCUGCUGCUCGGAGUUCUAGUGAUUUCCACGAUGCACAUCAGGAACUCCCGAGCUAUUCAAAGAGGUACAGCAGACGUCGGUUACCAUAGCGUCCACUCUGCUGGUAUCACAGAGACGCAUGCCGUCCCUAUAAACGCAAUAACGCGGCCCUUCGUCGCAGAUCUGGAUGAAAGGAAAGUGCAAUCACUUGUCACUGUGCUAACGCACUCCAAUACACGGCAUUUGGUCCCACCAAUAGACGUGCUAUGGAUAAAGGGCCGACAAGGAGGGAACUAUUUCUACUCGUUCGGAGGGGCCCACCGCUUGGAGGCCCACAAAAGGCUUUCGAGGAACACAAUUCCAUGCAAACUUAUUCCUGGAACAGUGGAAAUACUAAAGAUGCACCUCGGCUCUUCAGCGACACCAGAUCUGAAAUGACCAUACUAGAAUUAAAUGACGAAAAAAAGCUUAAAUUAUGGAAUAGGAUGUCUUCUUCUUAUUCUUAUUCUUAUUAUUACUCCUAAGUAGCUUUCGCUAAUACUAGGAGGCAUUAAGCAAGCACUGUCACUGGGGGUGGUCACUGCCAGAGGGUUUAUUGCGUCCCCAGUGGUUCUUUUACGUCCCUUCGGUUCAGGUUUAGUGUAGUACAGCUUGAAGAGACGGGACCUCCGGUUUAGUGUCCUUAUCCGAGAAGACUGGAAACACGGGAGAAUAACUUCAACUCACUUGUGACAAAUUCGAUUCAAGGCAGAAACCCGGAAAAAAUCCCCAGUUUGAGCCAGGAUUCGAACCUGGGCCACAGCGGUGAGAGGCCAACGCGCUAACACACUAGGCCACCCGUGCUUCCGUAAUCUGAAAUCUGUAAUCUGAAAUCUGUAAUCUGAAAUCUCGGAUAUGCCGUUUAUACCAAUGAAAAUAUACUUUAUUUUUUAGAGUUAUUUGGUAACAAAUGAAACAAAAACGCUCCGCAUUAGAAUUUUCCUUUGAAAAGGAAGAAAAAAAAUAUCAAAAUAAAAAAGGAACAUGGGUGAGGCAAAAAAUGUCAAGUAAAGCUUUCUGGAUUUUACAGCUUGGUUUUAAGGGAUUAAUCUUCUUUAGACGGAGAUAUUUUAUAGUUGCCUGAUCGAGACUUUUCAGAGGGAAGUUGGAAUUAAAUUCAUCUUUAAACAAGCGUAUCUUCAUGUUUUUUGUUAAAAACAACAAAUAGAAACUGCGUUGUUAAUAUCUGUAAAUGAAUAUGUGUCAUAUCAGCUGUGUUGUUUAUGAAAAAUAAACCAGAUUUUCUAUGGAA